ACACUUCCUAUAAAUACCAUUGUUUUCCUCUCAUUUUCUUCACACUAAUUUUCUUCUUCACUUGAUCACUUCUUCACACAGUGAUCAAUGUCAUCCGGCAAAGAAGGAGAAUCCGCCAGUCGUAUCAACGGUAUCAAAUCGACACUUCGCAUCAUCUCUGACUUCCCGAAACCAGGCAUGCUCUUUUCUGACAUUACUCCACUGCUGCUUGAUCCGAAAGCCUUUAAGGACACCAUUGAUUUCUUCGUAGAACGUUACAAAAAUGAAAAUAUAUCUGUAGUUGCAGGAAUUGAGUCUAGGGGAUUCAUAUUCGGUCCUUCAAUUGCACUUGCAAUAGGAGCAAAGUUUGUUCCAUUGAGGAAACCAAACAAAUUACUUGGUGAAGUGAUAUCAGAAAACUACGAUUUGGAAUACGGCUCAGAUUGCCUUGAAAUGCAUGUAGGAGCAGUUACAUCUGGAGACCGAGCUCUGGUAGUUGAUGAUUUAAUCGCUACUGGUGGCACCGUUUGUGCUGCGAUGAACUUACUUGAGCGUGCAGGAGCUGAGGUUGUCGAAUGUGCGUGCGUGAUCGAAGUACCGGUGUUGAAGGGUCGCGAACGAUUGGAAUCGCGUGGGAAGCCAUUGUAUACACUUGUUGACAUAGUUUGAGACAAGCUUAUAACAACUUUUGCGAGUUGAGGGAAAUGUGUAGGGUCUUGUAUAAUCAUCUUUAAGUGAUUAUAAGACAUUAAAGACUUAGAUCUAUCAUUUUGAUUAUAUACGCGGAUUGAUUCAAAUACACUUCGACGUGCAUAUGAAAAUUUAAUCUACUUAAUUAUAUAUAUAUCCAUGCAUUGUUUUAUUCUUCUUCAUCUUGCUUCUCGAUAUUACAUGCGACAUGAACAUGUACACACAUGAAAUGAAUAGAAUCUGCAAUAUCUUAUGCAAAUUUUAUGCCGGCAAU